GGAGUUAUUGAUGAGGAAGAGACUUUAUAACCCCCCUCCAUCCUCUCAUCUCACCAUUACCAGGAGGAUCUUCGGAGGGCUGAGACUGGACAAAGGGAGAGAAGACUUCAACCAAACCAACCACACCGGACACAGAGACCGCAGGGCGAUGGAGCUGAGUGUGGCGGUGUUGCUGUUGGUGGUCCCUGCGUUUCUUGCACAGGAAGACUUGGAAGGUAAAAUGUUCGUCUUCCCCAACGAAACCGACUCGUCUCAUGUCAUUCUAAGACCUACAAUUACAAAGCCAUUGCAGGAAGUCACCGUCUGUCUACGUUCCUACAGUGAACUUUCCCGCCAGUAUCCUCUCUUCUCUUUAGCUACUCCAACAGACAGAAAUGCUUUUCUAAUCAGGUUCCAGGCUCCAACCACCUAUACUGUAUCCAUAAAUCGUACAAGCAUUAGUUUCAAGAGAGAUUCAGAGCCUCCAGACUGGAGCCAUAUCUGUGUGACCUGGGACUCGAAAAAAAAAGAGGUCCAAUUUUGGGCCAAUGGGAAGAACUCCACCAAAGGAUAUACUUGGGGACAGUAUUCUAUUGCAGUUAAAAGCAGCAUUAUUCUGGGACAGGAACAAGACACUUUUGGUGGAGGUUUUAAUGCUUCUCGGUCAUUGGUCGGUGAAAUAGGUGACGUCCACAUGUGGGAUUAUGUCCUGACUCGGGAAGACAUCCAGAAGGUCCUCUCUGGUGAUCACCAUGGAAAUGUCAUUAAUUGGAAGUCUCUACUCUAUGAAAUGAAAGGGGACGUUCUUCUCCAGCCUACACAUUUGCACCUGGAAGGUAAAGUCUUCGUCUUCCCCCGUGAAGCCAACACAUCUCAUGUCCUUCUAAGACCUACAAUCACAAGGCCAUUGCAGAAAGUCAGCGUCUGUCUACGUUCUUAUUCAGAUCUUCCACGCUCCUAUACGGUCUUCUCUCUCGCUACUCCCGGGAAGGACCAUGCCUUUAUAAUCAGCAUACAACCUCCACACACUUGUUCUGUAUAUAUCAACCAGAAGGUCACUCGUUUUAAAACAGACUCUGAGUCUUUGAGACACACCUGUGUGACCUGGGACUCCGACACCGGAGUGGUCCAACUUUGGGUCAACGGGAAACUCUACCCGGAAGGAGUUUCCAUGAAAGGAUCUUCUAUCGCAGCCGAAACCAGCAUUGUUCUGGGACAGGAACGAGACUCUUUUAAUGUUUCUCAGUUGUUUUUCGGUGAAAUAGGUGACGUCCACAUGUGGGAUUAUGUCCUGACUCCAGAAGACAUCAAGAAGGUCAUCUCUGGUGACCUCCAUGGAAAUGUCAUUAACUGGCUAUCUCUACACUAUGAAAUCAAAGGCAACGUUUUUGUCCAGCCUAAACACCAAUACUUGGAGGGUAAAGUCUUCGUCUUCCCCAAAGAAACCGACACGGCUCAUGUCACUCUAAGACCUACAAUUACAAAGCCAACGAAGAAAGCCACCGUCUGUCUACGUUCCUACAGUGAUCUUUCCCGUCCCUAUACUUUGUUCUCUAUGGCUACUCCAAGAUACGCCGAUGCCUUUCACAUCUCCUUCCAGCCUCCAUACACCUAUCAGGUAUUCAUAAAUAAUGUAGGGACUGCGUUUACACCAACCCGGAAACCUUUUUACUGGAGGCACAUCUGUGUGACCUGGGACAGCUUUACAAGGGCCCUCUAUCUUUAUCUCAAUGGAAAGCUCUCCUCUGAAAGGCCUUACAUGAACAAUUAUUAUUAUAUUGCUUAUUAUAUGGAUGCUGAAAGCAGCAUUGUUCUGGGACAGGACCAAGAUUCAUUUGGUGGAAGGUUUAAUGCUUCUCAGUCAUUGGUCGGUGAAAUAGGUGACGUCCACAUGUGGGAUUAUGUCCUGACUCAGGAAGACAUCCAGAAGGUCCUCUCUGGUGAUCUCCAUGGAAACGUCAUUAAUUGGAACUCCUUACGUUGUGAAAUGAAAGGGGAAGUUCUCGUCACGCCCGAACCUCAACACUUGGAGGAUAAAGUCUUCGUCUUCCCCAAAGAAACCGACACGGAUUAUGUCAUUCUAAGACCUACAAUCACAAGACCAUUAAAGAAACUCAGCGUCUGUCUACGUUCUUAUACCGACCUUUCCCGCCCCUAUACUCUCUUCUCCCUCGCUACUCCCGGGAAGGACAAUGCCUUUGUGAUCUACUUACAGCCUCCAAACACUUGUUCCGUAUAUAUCAACCAGGAACUCACUAGUUUUAGGACAGACUCUGAGUCUUUGAACUGGAGGCACAUCUGUGUGACCUGGGACUCCAACACCGGAGUGGUCCAACUUUGGGUCAAUGGGAAACCCUACCCCAGAAGAGUCUCCAUGAAAGGGUCUUCUAUCGCUGCUGAGACCAGCAUUGUUCUGGGGCAGGAACAAGAUUCUUUUGGUGGAAAGUUUGAUGAGAAACAGUCAUUGGUCGGUGAAAUAAGUGACGUCCACAUGUGGGAUUAUGUCCUGACUCCAGAAGACAUCAAGAAAGUCAUCUCUGGUGGACACAAUGGGAAUGUCAUUAAUUGGUUAUCUCAAUACUGUGAGAUCAAAGGGGAAGUUCUUGUCCAGCCCACAUUUCAGUGAAAGCCAAUGAGCUCAUCAUAUACACUUUGUUGUUUGGAUGCCCCAACUGCUGAUUCUGAAUUACAGUGACAAUGAUGAUUUAUUUGUCAUCCCCAUAAAUAAUGAGAGUUGACAAUGAUAAGUGAAUAUUAAAUAAUCAAUGGAUCAAUGAUCUUAUAGUGUAACUAAAACAUUGGGUCACAUGAAACACAUGUAAACAGGAUUCUAAAUCAAUGGAGUUUGUAUUUUCACAAUGGUAACAUAAUAGUCCUGGUUGUAUAAUCUUAUAAUCAAUAUUAACAUAAACUAUCUAAAAUAAAAUAUAUAUAAAAGCAAUA